AUGAGUGUGCUUGAGGACAUUUUGAUACUGACUGCCCUUGGACUUGUCGUGCUCCUGAGUCUCGGUGUGAUAAAGUGGCUGAUAGGAUUCUGCAUCCCAGGAUUGAGUCAAUGGGGAUUGGACACACUUUUGGAGGGCACGAAAAUUGACGAGUGUUAUACCACACAUUCCAGAUGCAAAUGUUUAGUGAAUGGUGACAAAGAGAAUUUAAUUCAUUCAAACUGUAGUCCACGCACGAUCCGAAUAUGCAGCAGAAAAUUAGAGUUUUUACUAAAUUUAGUUUUUUUCCUGACGUAUCCCAUUGCCGCCUGCUGCCAGUGCACAGAGGCGUGUUGCAGGAGAAGACGAGCUUCGGCUGAUGAGUCCAAAAUGUGUCUCAUUACCGAUAAAAAGACUUCUCCGAGAACGAUAUCCGUUCCUUCGUACGGGGAGUGCAAAAAUUCAAGGCUCGAGGCUGAAGACAUGCGGUACGUAGUCCAAGAGUUGAAAAAUUCUGGAGAAACUCUGGAAGCGAAAAAGCACAAGAGACAGCACUUGAAGCCCCGGAGGAGCGCCAGUUUAUCAGGAAAAUUAUCUCGCAAGAGCUCAUCAGUGGAGCGAUUGGUAAACGACCUCCUCGGCAAGCGAAUAGUCUUCAGGAAUUUGAGAGAGCCACUGGGUGACCUGAAAGUGCCGGCAGGCAAAAUGUAUUCAUUACGAGGAUAUUUCAUGAACGCCGAGGAUAAUGGCUUCAGAUUCAUCACCCCCUGUCCUUUCAAGCAGCACUGGUUAAUAGACGCUGACGGGGUAGCUCAGCCAUGCUCUCCCCCCUUGGUGCAUCAAAGCACUCUAUUCAUGAGGAAUUUCAAAAAUGCUAAAGAAGUUUACGAAAGCAACGAAUUGUCACUUUUACCUAGAGCUGUCUGCCUAAAUGUACCAUUCUUGCCAUCUGACCUGAGUGAAUAA